AUGGAUUCCCACGGCCCUGAAACCUGGUAUAUUCGACUGCCCAGGUUUACGCGGGCCUUCAUCACCAUAGUACUCGGGUUGACGCUGCUGGUUUUGUUCAAGGGAGUGCAGCCGUCGACACUGUCACUAAACUGGCCGCUGGUCCUCCAAAAACUGCAAGUGUGGAGAGUUUUCACCAACGUGCUCUUCGUAGGAAAGUUCUCGCUGAGAUGGGUCUUCUUCGUGAUGCUAUUUUCGCAGUUCUCAGCCUCACUCGAGAAGAACGCAGUGUUCGCAGGCUCUCCAGGAUCGUAUCUGUAUUUCCUCGUCAUCCAGACGGUGACGCUGUCGUCAGUGAGCGCAGCGUUCUUCUGGCCAUCAGGCUACCCGUACCUGGCCGACGCGCUCCUCUUCUCAAUAAUAUACUACUGGUCAAAGAGGGACAUGUUCAGCGUGGUGACGAUAUACUUCGUCACCGUAAAGGGGUACCAGCUCCCGUUCGCAAUGAUGUUCCUGCACCUCGUGAUGGGCUCGUCGCUGUGGGUGGACCUGAUGGGAAUGAUUUCAGGCCACAUAUACUACCUACUGCGCGAAGUGCUGCCGAGCAAAGGUGAGAAUGCGUGUUACAAAAACUACCUGGCCAGGACCCCAAAGGUGUUCGACUACAUCGCGAACCAGCUCGAUAGACUGUACGCUAGGUUCCUGCCAGCCUCGGGAGCCACGACCGGUUCGUUUCAAUACAGGCCGAGGGCGACGGAAACCAGAAAUCAUGGUUUCAUAGGAAGGGGAAUAAGACUGGGCCACUCGUAA